AUGGGUUCUACAGCACGAAGCCUUCACCAGGUGGAAAGACGAGAGAUGCACUCUGAUGAGGACUCUACGAGUACACCUGAUCUGCGAGAACUUUCUGACCUAAUCAAGGAGCUGACAGAGGCUUACUCUAGGACUAUGAUUGUGGUUGAUGCUCUAGAUGAGAGUGGCAUGGACGAGCGGGCUGAGAUCGUCAACGAACUGAAGUACAUUACUGACGAAUCGACUAGCCUCGUAAAGGUCUUUGUCACUUCGCGUGAGGAGCCUGGCUUGCGACUACAUCUUCAGUCAUAUCCUGGAAUCCAAGUGACAUGCCUAGAUAAUGUAUCUGAUAUUGUGAGAUUUGUCAAUACGGAGACGGACAGACUAGUCACAGAGAACCAGUUGCUUGCCGAUAUCGAAGGACGGGAAAGAGAGCAGCUAAAGGUUUUAAUCAAGGAAGAUGUCGUCUCUAAGGCUGACGGGGUGUUUCGAUGGGCGCAGUUGAAGUUGCAGAGUCUUGGUUGGAUCCGUACAGAGAGAGAUAUCCGAAAUGCUCUAUCUGAGACCCCGCGCCCUCUGAGCGACCUCUACGAGCAGCUUUAUCAGAAUGCGCUUACAGAUACUCGGGGAACGGCUGUGGCUGUAUUCCAGAACACGCUAAGAUGGAUGCUCUGUGCAACCUGGGUUCUCGUUUGGAAGGACUUCUCUCGGGCAAUCACAAGUUUCGUGAAUAUCGAGGCUUCUGAGAUCAGCGAGGAUGAUAUCUCGAAUCUCUUGGCUGGUUUCGUGGUCUUCGACACAACAGAGGAGGGUAGUCAUACUUUCCGCUUCGCCCACCUUUCUGUGCGGGAGUUCUUAGAAACCAAGCCUGAAUACUGCAGCGAAGUGAGUAACAGGUUCACCGCAGAGGUUUGCCUCCUCCAGUUGGUCAGGGCUAACUUUGCCCGAGACUGA